AGCCAGUACAUUAUGACUUUUUCGGCUUGGCAGUGUUGGUGCUUAUCUAUAGCCUGAUACUGACCCGCGCGUUAUCAAUCCCGACCAGGGCGGCAAAUAUCUGAAGAUCUAAAGAUGAUUGUGAAUAGCUCGGACAUAUUCUGUAAUUACGAAGAAGUAGGUAACUUCACCAACAACUCGUCAUGUGUGAACACGACUCGGUCCUCAAACAGCUUCGUCGACCUGGCGACUUUUAUGCACAUCUUCCCGUCCAUAUACGGCAUCCUGUGUACGAUAGGAGUGAUCGCUAACGGUUUGGUGAUUUACGCAGUGGCGACAUGCAAGAAGAAGAUGGUCUCGGACAUCUAUGUGCUGAACUUGGCCAUCGCAGACAUGCUGUUCUUGCUGGUGAUGCCCUUCAACAUUCACCAGCUGGUCCGAGACAGACAGUGGGUGUUCGGGAACUUCAUGUGCAAAGCUGUCGUGGUGGUGGACGUUAGCAACCAGUUCACUACCGUGGGGAUCGUAACGGUGCUGUGUAUCGACAGAUACAUUGCCAUCGUCCACCCCACCUCAGAGAAGCGGACCAUCCAGUGGACCAUCGUCAUCAACAUCCUGGUGUGGGUCGGCAGCGUCCUGCUCACCGUGCCCGUCAUGAUCUACGCCGUGGUGGUGAGGAAGAGCGACCUGCAGAUGUGCAUGAUGCUCCUGGACGGGCCUGAGGACAUGUACUGGUACACUCUCUACCAGUCCAUCCUGGGCUUCAUCCUCCCUCUCAUCAUCAUCUCCACCUUCUACUCCCUCACCCUCUUCCACGUCUUCAGAUCCAUCCGCCGAGUCAAGCGUAAACAGUCUGUCUGGGCGAAGCGCGCCACCAAGACCGUGGUGAUGGUCAUCGCUCUCUUCCUGGUGUGCUGGAGCCCGUAUCACGUGAUCCAGGUGAUUAACUUGAGCAACAACAGGCCCACCAACACCUUUGUCUAUGUCUACAACAUCAGCAUCUGUCUGAGUUACUCCCACAGCUGCAUCAACCCUCUGAUGCUGCUCAUCUUCGCUCAGAACUACCGCGAGCGUCUCUGUCACCGGAAGGAGUUGAGGAGCUCGCAGCAGAACUCCUCCAAGACCACUGUGAUCAAGACAGACGGCUCCAGCGUGGCCACCGACUCCAACUACCACUGCACGGUCAUCUAAUAAUACAGAUAUUGCCACUCACAUACUGUGUGCGUGAAUGUGUGGGGCGUCUGUUGGUCCCAAUAAGACUACCAAAGUCAACUGUUUUUUUGUUCUGCUAUCUUUGACGAACUUUAUUGUUUAUGCAUUAGUGAAGCUAAAGUAGCUGAACCACACUGUUAUCUUUCCAGGGGACAGAAGUGGCGCUGCGUGUUAGUGGAUGGAUGAAUGGAUUACCCAACUGACUAACUGCUCCACCGUCACUAAAGAAACAUUGUUCUGAAUCACUGAUCCUGACGUAGCCAAAUGUUUGCUGAAUCGUUAUCUAAGGACAGCCGAGCUACUCUGAGAAUCGAUCGAGAUUUUUUUUUUAUAAUGGAAGUAUCCAAAGGACUGUAACCACUUCCAUCUAGGGUAGUUCUA